CGCAGCAGCAGCAGCACGCACCAACACGUACACAUAUAGAUAGAUAGAUAGAUAGAUAGAUACAGUUUUGCUGAUCGAUGAUGGUGCAGCAGCAGAAGCAGAAGCAGGUGGUGUUCGACGCCUCCGUGCUGAGCGGCCAGAUGGACAUCCCCUCACAGUUCAUCUGGCCGCCCGACGAGACCCCCUCCUCCCUCCCCGCCGACCACCUCGACGUCCCGCUCAUCGACGUCGGCGCCGCCGUCGACCGCCACGAGGUGGUCCGCCUUGUCGGCGAGGCGUGCCAGGCCCACGGCUUCUUCCUCGUCGUCAACCACGGCAUCGACGCCGCGCUGCUGGAGGACGCUCACCGCUGCAUGGACGCCUUCUUCACGCUGCCGCUGGCAGACAAGCAGCGCGCGCAGCGCCGCGCCGGCGAGAGCUGCGGCUACGCCAGCAGCUUCACGGGCCGGUUCGCCUCCAAGCUGCCGUGGAAGGAGACGCUGUCGUUCAGGUACUCGGCGGCGGGCGACGGCGAGGGGGUGGCGGACUACCUGGUGGGGAAGCUCGGGGAGGAGCACGGGAGGCGGCUGGGGGAGGUGUACGAGCGCUACUGCGGCGAGAUGAGCCGGCUGUCGCUGGAGCUGAUGGAGGUGCUGGGAGAGAGCCUGCUGGGCCUGGGCGUCGGCGACCGCCACCACUACUUCCGGCGAUUCUUCGAGACCAACGACUCCAUCAUGCGCCUCAACUACUACCCGCCGUGCCAGAGGCCACUGGAGACGCUCGGCACGGGGCCGCACUGCGACCCGACGUCGCUCACCAUCCUCCACCAGGACGACGUCGGCGGCCUCGAGGUGUGGGUGGACGGCCGGUGGCGCAGCAUCCGCCCACGCCCGGGAGCGCUGGUGGUCAACGUCGGCGACACCUUCAUGGCGCUCUCCAACGGCCGCUACCGGAGCUGCCUGCACAGAGCGGUGGUCAACAGCAGGGCGGCGCGGCGGUCGCUGGCCUUCUUCCUGUGCCCGGAGAUGGACCGGGUGGUGCGGCCGCCGGGGGAGCUGGUCGACGACGAGAACCCGCGCGCGUACCCGGACUUCACGUGGCGGGCGCUGCUGGACUUCACGCAGCGCCAUUACAGGGCGGACAUGCGCACGCUCGAGGCCUUCUCCGACUGGCUGCACCUCCAUGACCAUGCCCAUGCCCAUGCCACCACCACCUCCACCUAGCUUAGCCAUCCCUUUCCCAUAGAGUAUUCCUAUACUUAUACUAGUAUACCAACUUCCAUUAUUUACCUUAGCUCCACCUACUGCAUCCAUAUCUUUCAUCACCAUUACCAUUAAUUGCGGCUUAAUUAAUUACUCCAUCUUCUUAAUUACUAUUUAUUAGACCUCCAAGGCUACCUUAAUUAAUUGGUGGGCUAGCUAUACAGUUUUAAGGACACAUACAAAGGGCACUCAUUGCAGUCUCUGUCGCUGCAUGCUCGCUGACGUGGAAAAGAGACAAUAGGAACUAGAAAAUUGGUUGUUUGCAUGAAAUCGGCAAAACAUUGACUCUUGGCGCAUAGAACGAGUAGACAACCAGAAAAUCUGCUUUGUAACGUGUGCUGACUCUAAUCCGAGGCGUCGACCAGAUGAAAUGCGAAAGAGAAAUUAAUUAGUCUAUUAAUUAUGAAGAAACAGCUUGAGAGACUGUCCUUUACAUAAUGAGUUUUUCCUGAUGACAUGACUUGAGAUAGAGCCUAUAAUGGGCUUUAGCAUUAAACGUGCCCUAAUAUCAUGUCAGUACUAGUUAAUUUGUUUACGAGAGAUGUAACGAGCCAAGACAUUCACGAUGUAAUGACUAGAAUGAUUUUCGUAUAAUUAAAUGAGUUACCACAUAUGAUGAAAGAUGAUGUGAUGAGUAAUUAAAUGAAUAAAAAGAGGAAAACCAUGUCUUGUAUCAGACAUGUUUCUAUACAACACCUAAAAGAUAAUGAGAGAUGAGUAGCAUUAAAUUUAUAUGUGAAUUAGUAGUG